AGGCACACGGAGGAGGAUGUUGCAUGUGUGUAACCACCGCUUAUCGAUCACGUGAUUGCGCGCUCCGACGAACCGUUUGCGUCAGUCCGACUGCAACUACAUACAGCUGUGCUCCAGCCACAAACACCAACCCCACAUAACUACCGGGCCUAUACUGAAGAUCCGGAAUCGCCUACUGUACCACAGUUCUGUCGGCGCACAAGAAAGCACUCUGCAUCACAAACAUAUUACGCUAUAGUGUAUCAAUUGUGACCGGGCGCAUCAGCUGCCAGAGCGCAACGCGAGGCCACUUUCCCACGCGUUGCAACAAAGUGGACCGAUAAUGACAGAGGUCAUGACAUCCGUAGCGGCUCCCAUGUCAGAAGAGAAACCCACUGAGGCUCGGCCUCCCCAAUAUACCUUCAAAUUCAGCGAGUUUCUUAGACGUGAAUACCGAUUUGGCCUAAACCCCGAUCGCCCAACCUGCAAAGCAUACCUCCAAGGCCACUGUCCAGACGGCAGCAAAUGCCCCAACAAGCACAAUGUCUCUUCUUCCUACAACAAUCUCGUAUGCAAACACUGGCUGCGCGGCCUGUGCAAAAAGGGCGAAACCUGCGAAUUCCUCCACGAAUACAACCUCCGCCGCAUGCCCGAAUGCUCCUACUACGCCCGCACACAGACCUGCUCCAACGGCGACGACUGCCUCUACCUCCACCUGGACCCCGAUGCCAAGCGCGCCUCGUGCCCACACUACGACCGCGGCUUCUGCCCACUCGGCCCACACUGCGCGCUGAAGCACAACAAGAAAGACAAGCUGUGCCCGUUUUACCUGUGCGGCUUCUGUCCAGAGGGCAAAGGCUGCAAGUACGGUGCCCACCCGCGGUAUCCGACUGAUCUCAAGAAGCCAGAGGUGCGUGUGGAGAAGAGCGCUGAGGAGCUCGAGGCAGAGAAGUUGGAGCGCGAGCGCGAGAUGAUGAAGAGAGAGGAGGAAGAGCGUGAGCGCGAUGAGAGGAAUGGGCAUCAGGGUGGGCGUGGGUUUAGGGGCAAUUGGGAUCGCAAGAAGCGUGGGGGUAGACGGGGUAGGGGUGGUAGGGGACGUGGAGAGUUUUAAUGCAGGCCGCGCACAAGUGCGUGAGAAAAACAUCAUAUAUCCGUUAUCUAGCGAGCAUUUCCUGCCUCCUUUGUAGUAGCCCCGGAUUUUCUUUUCUUGUUUUUUCCAUGUAGUGAGCGGAGAGGAACAGCUAAGAGAGUUGGAAUUGACAGGAAAGAUACGGCGCCGACUGAUCUUGAUAAAUGUAUAGCUGAGCUCAAUAUUAACGACACGAAAGACAUGACCACACUCUAGUAGAGAGAGAGAUGAUAAAUUGCCAUUGACGAUCAUUAUCCAUGCAACAGGACACACAAAGAUCCAUUACUAAAACAACACCUUCCUCCUUCUCACACUUCACCU